CAAUCUUUUGUCGCCCUGCAAGCUGCAUCAGGCUUUAUCCUACUUUUUCCUUUGGUGAACCAGGUUCACUUAAACCUGCAAAAAGAUGACCAAUCUCUUGAGAAGUGUUGUCACCGUAAUUGAUACUUUCUACAAAUACACCAAACAGGAUGGGGAGUGCGGCACACUGAGCAAGGAUGAACUAAAGGAACUUCUGGAGAAAGAGUUUCGUCCAAUUCUGAAGAACCCAGAUGAUCCAGACACAGUGGAUAUCAUCAUGCAUAUGCUGGACCGAGAUCAUGACCGAAGACUGGACUUUACUGAGUUUCUUCUGAUGGUAUUCAAACUGGCUAUGGCCUGCAACAAGGUUCUCAGCAAAGAAUACUGCAAAGCUUCAGGGUCAAAAAAGCGCAGGCGUAGUCACCGACACCGAGAGGAAGAAAGUGAAACAGGAGGCGAAGAAGAGGAUACGUCAGGACAAAACUCAGGUUACAGAUAUUCAAGUUGGAGUGAGGGAGAGGAGCAUGGUUAUAGUUCUGGGAGCUCUAGGGGAACUCCAAAACACAGACAUGGGUCCGGCUCCAGAAGGCUGGGAAGGCAAGGUGGUUUAUCUAGCUCAGAGAACCAAAAGGGAUCUGAAAAAAGGCGCCAUGGGUCCAGCUCUGGUUACUCAUGGAGUAAUGGCAAAGAAAGGCAUGGUUCCAGCUCUGGAGAACUGGAGGGAAAAAGAAACAAGUCACAUGUUAGCCCCUCUAGGGUAUCUGGGGAUGAAUACAAGUCUGGAUGUGGUAGAUGGAGAGGUCAUGGUGGUCUGUCAUAUGAAUAUGAAUCAAACUCUACUCAGUCAAGUUAUGCAGGACAAAAACAUGGGUCUAGCUCUAAAUGUUCAGGAGAUGGUGGGAGGGAAAGUCAUGCAUGUGGUUCCAGCAAUUCAGGUGGGUGUGGAAGACGAAAAACCACUUCUAGUUCUUGUCAGGCAGGUAGAUUUGGAGAGCAAGGAAACCAAUCUAGCUAUACACAAUCAGGUUAUCAAUCAGGAAGUAGUGGAGAAGGUCAUAGAUGUAUCUCCGGAGGUUGGGCCUCUGGAUAUGGUCAACAUGAGCCUAGCUCCGGUAGCCAGUCUACUAGGCAGAAAGGAUAUGGAUCUAGAACAUGUGGUCAACCACAGAAUUGUGGAAGACAACAGGGAAAAGGUUCAUGUCAGUCCUCUUGUUGUGGACAAUAUGGGUCAGGAGUAAGUCAGUCUUCUACUUAUAGUCAACAUGGAUCUGGUUCCGGUGGAAACUCUUCAAACUCUCAUCAAAAGAGGUGUAGUUCAAAUGAAACUUCUAAAUGUGGUCAACAUAGAUCCAGCUCAGGUCAAUAUUCUGGCUUUGGCCAACAUGGGUCAGGCUCAGGUCAGUACUCUGGCUUUAGACAUUGUGGAUGUAGCUCAGGUCAGUCCUCUGGCUUUGGACACCAUGAGUCUACAUCAGGACAGGCUUGCUAUGGUCAACAUGGGUCAGGCUCAUGUCAGUACUCUGGUGAGGGACAAUAUGGAUCAGGCUCAGCUCAAUCCUCAGGCUUUGGACACCAGAAGUCUAUAUCAGGACAGUCUACUUGUGGCCAACAUGGAUCUGGUUCAGGUCAAUCCUCGGGCUUUGGCCAAGCUGGUUCAAGCUCUGGUCAGUCUUCUGGCUUUGAACACCAUGAAUGUAGAUCACAGCAGUCUGGCUAUGGCCAUCAUGAAUUGGGCUCAGGACAAUCAUCUGGCUUUGGCCAACAUGGGUCAAGUUCAAGUCAGUCUUCUGGCUUUGGACAACAUAGAUCAGGCUCAUGUCAGUCCUCUAGUGAUAGUGAAAGGCAUUCAGAAGUCUCACAGAGACACUCAAGAUCUGCUCAAGGGCAGGCUGGAUCUCAACAUGGAGAGUCAGGAGGCACAGUGAGGGGGAGACACGGAACUGCUCAUGGACAUUCAGAAGACACAACCAGACAUGGCCACUCUAGUCAGGGACAUUCUGCUCACACAGGGUCUAGUCAGGUGGGAGGAAGGCAAUUCAGUCACAGUGAGGCUAGCGACAGUGAAAGGCAUUCAGAAUUAUCAGAGAGACACUCAGGAUCCACUCAUGGGCAGGCUGGAUCUCAACAUGGAGAGUCAGGAGCCACAGUGAGAGGGAGACACGGAACUGCUCAUGGACAGUCAGGAGACACCACCAGACAUGGCCAUUCUAGUCAGGGACAAUCUACACACCUGGGUCCAGAGUCCAGUCAGGCAGGAAGCACAGAGCAGGGAAGAUCCAGGCUGGAUUCCAUGGAGUCAGCCAGUGGAGGGCUAGCUGGACAGUGGAAAGACCAUUCUGCAGGACUCAGUCAGAGUCAUCAGAGGAGACGAUCCUCCAGUCAGGAGACACCACCAGACAUGGCCACACUAGUCAGGGACAAUCUACACGGUCAGGGUCCAGUCAGGCAGGAAGACGGGGAUCCAGCCACAGUGAGGCUAGCGACAGUGAAAGGCAUUCAGAAGUCUCAGAGAGACACUCAGGAUCCACUCAUGGGCAGGCUGGAUCUCAACAUGGAGAGUCAGGAGCCACAGUGA